ACGCGCGCGUGUACGCGCCGCUGCUCGCCAGAGGGUUGCCCCAGACGCUCUUUCUCUUUCCCUCUGCGCAUUUUCCGCUCGCGGUCGACGAUCAAUACAAGGGGCUGCCUCCUUCUUCCACGUUCGCUUCGGGACGUCGAACAAACGCGUGUUACGUAGCCUCGUACCAGGAGUCGGGAUCGAAAUCGAUCGAUCGGGGGGGUUGCGAUCCAGCUCGAUCGACGCUCGCGACGAGCCGAUCGACCGGAUAAUGAGGAACGUUAUCUAGGUAGCCGGCAUCGAUUUUCUUCAUAGACCCUGUUGUAAUAGAGCUUUGAAGUUUCAAAGGUAGAAGAGGGUUUAUUGUUCCAAGGGUAACCGGCGACGAACGGGAAAAUGGAAGGCAGUGGGACUGGAAUUAGCAGGCUCGACUGCUAUGAAGAUAUGUUCAAGGAAAUCACCAGAAAGCUGUACGGUGAAGAUCCUGAUCAUAGAACGUCGAGCGUGCAAAACGAAUUUGAGACGUCCGUUUCGUACAAGAACGACGAGGACACCGGAAACGGAACCGACGGCAGCGACGAUGGAAACUGGACUUGCGAGGAGGAGCCCCUCAAAGGCACCGACGGCAGUCGAAUUGCGGCUUAUCACGCUGGAAAGGCUACCUGGAGGUGCUACGAGUGCGGGGACGUGAUGGGCGGCGGACCACGGGACAUAGCCGAGCAUUUCAUGGAACUCCAUUCCUCGAGGAUCUUGGCAGACGACAGUAGGAACAGGCACCAUUCACCUCGGAAGGAUUACCUGCAGUCGGAGCUGAAAAUCGAGGACGUGAUUUCGUACCUGGAGAGGCUACGCGAACGCGCUGAGCGUGUAGCGCCACCGUCUAGACGGACUCAGGAAACGCAAACUGUACCUGCUGCUUUGUUGCCGGUCACCUCGACAUUUUUGCUGCAGGAGUUACCUUCUGCUCCUGCUCCGCAACAUUUGCAUCAGAAUACAACGACGAUACCAACAUCCGCCACGGUCUCCGCCAGCGGCAAGCGCUACACCUGUCCGUAUUGUCCUUACGGAACCGAUCGUCGCGACCUGUACACGCGACACGAGAACAUCCACCGCGAAGAAAAGCCGUUCCACUGUUACAUCUGUUACAAACCGUUCAAUCGCGCCGAUCACGUGAAGAAGCACUUCCUUCGGAUGCACCGGGAACACGGUUACGAGUUGUCCAGGAUACGCAGACCGGCAGGAUCUGGAGCGCCGAAGCCUCUCCAGCAAGAUUCCGCAGCCGCCAGCACCGGAAACGCGAAUGCCAACGGUCAGCAACAGCAGCAGCAGCAACAGCAACAGCAACAACACGCCAGUUACACGUCCGGAUUCAACAAUAAUAAGAAUUACCAGCUGCAGCCGAAUCCUGGGAAUAAUGCGACUGCGAAUACUGGGGGGAUUUAUCAGGGCACGUCGAUGCCCGCGCCGGGCAUCAUGCAACCGGAUGCGGGAAAUUGUAAUACUGGAAGAAGGGUGCAAAACGGGGGAUGUAACAGUAAGAGUCAUCUGAAGGGAGGAUCUAAAGGGGCUCAGGAACGGAGGUACACUUGUUGCUAUUGUUCCUGGAGCGGUGUAGACAACUGGUGCCUGAAACGACACUUGAACACGCACCUUAAACCCUUCGCCUGCACGCUCUGCGAGUACAAAGCAGCCCGCGCCGAGCGUCUCGCGACUCACGUGCUGAAGGUCCACAACAGACGACAGUGUUCGAGGUGCUCUUUCCUCGGUGAAGACGCGGCGCAGCUGCAGAUGCAUCAGCUGCAUGUGCAUCGUGUGAGCAGUGCCAAUGCACCUGCGACCUCUACCGCUCAGGCUGCACCGCCGCCUAAUAAUCGUCAUCAGCAACCGUUGCAUCCCGCGGGAGGAGGACGACCGCCACCUGGUCCGCCAGUUUUUCCAGCACCGGCUCCAGCCAUCGCACCUGCUACCACCGUCAUACCGCCAACAACGAUACUCGGCUAUCGAGCCGUCGCCGAAGCAACCGAGGGUCAGUCAUCCUGGGAGCCGUCCGAGUGCCCCUGGAGCUGGGAUGCCCACAGGAGCCGCAGACGAUCCAGGAAACAGAGUCUGCCCAGAAAGGUGACCUGCAUCCAGGAUUUCGAGGACGACGAGUUGCCCUCUCUGGACGCGAGCAAGGACGAGAGUCAGGACGUCAGAUCCGACAAGACAACCGAGGAGGUGUUGGACGACCUGAGGAAGAGGUAUCGAUGCAAACCGGACAGGAAAGGAAUGCUCAAGUGUCGACUUUGUCCUAACGACGCUCUCGCCAGGGGAUCUAUCUGUCGACCCUAUCAUACCAAAGCUUCUCUAGCGCUUCACAAGAUAUGGAGACACGCCAGACGCAAGAGGUGCCUCAAGAACUGCGUGACCAAGCCUCGUCCCACGUCGCAGGUGUCCUCCAUCACAUUGAAGGCUACGGUGUUCACCAGCCCCGGUUAUGGUUACCAUAGAUAGCACGCGGCGUUUGCAGCUGCGAUGUGGACUCGAGCGGACGGAUUUCAAAUUGUACCGCUUGUUUCUUGAUUCUAGGACUUUGGAGGGACUCCUGUUGCUACCUGAUUGUUUUGGAAAGCGUUUCUAAGGUCGAAUGUCGCAAGUUUGCAAGUCUUCGAAAUUUUGUAAACCUGAAGUGUUAAAAAUUUGUCAGAUGAUGUCUGAAAAAAUGUACGAAUUCCUAUCUUUCAGAGUCCCCAUAGUGAGCCUAAAGAAAAUGAGUUUUGCGAAGGUAACUGAGAUGUGUGCCUUUUGAAAUCCACCGUAUCGAAAGUAUAAUCGCAUCGUGUCGCGUUUAUCCUCUCCAGGAUCGAUUAGUUAGAUGAACAGCGUAUCUCUAAUUAGAAUUGCGGAUCGUCGUAGCCAACGACAACGAUUUUAAAAUAGCAAGAUCUCGUCGAAAUAGGUGCGAGUCAGACGACGCGGAGUUUUUGCGCUUCUAACGAUUGAAGGAUGUUAAUUAUAAGGGACUACGAAUAAAAUAAAACAGCGAAACCGUAGGAUUAAGGAACGACUAAUCGAAAGUACCUCGACAAGCGCGAAUUUUCAUCGCGAACGACCAUCUCGAUGCUCGUUCGAGCCUCCGACGAGGAACGACUAUUUUCCUUUGUAUAGAUAUUGCGCGAAUUAACGACAUUAACGAUCGUCUCCAAUCGAUGUCUAAUUGUGCGUUUGUCCAUUGUCCGUCUCUGUAAUUACGUAAUUGCUUUUCCGUUUCAUCGUCGAUGGACUUUGCGUGAGAAUGCACUCUGUGUGCAGCCAGAACGAGGACCGGAGCGCAACGCGAUCCGUGAUUGGCCGGGCGAGCAUGAUUUUUAUAUAAGGGAUAUUUGUACAAAACCACUAUCUUGUUUACGUUAUUACAUAAAAUAUAUUAUAUCUAUUGUA